AAGUCUGUGAUCACUUGCAAAGAAAGAGUACAGUGUAAUAAUAUACGGAAAAUCACUUGAUUUGGUUGCAGACAAGAAGAGUUUGUUAUUAGAUAUUAAUUAAAAUGCCAAAUGACGUCGAAGCUACUUUCCUAGAAGAACAGGAUGAUAGCGAUAGAACGGCUAUCAGAGCGGAAUUAUCUUCUUUGUCUUUCGAGGAACUUCAAAAAUUAAAACAAAGAAUUGGUGCAAAGGUUUAUAAUGAAGCUCUUUUUGGCAAAAAGGAUACAAAUCUGGACCACAAACCCAAAGUUUUCAAAAGGGAAAACAAAAAUCGUCCAAGGGAGAUAAGUUCGAAAAAGCAUGUUCCAUUUUUAUUUGAUGCACCCUCUGUCAGAAAAAAAGAAAUAAGGGAUCCUAGAUUUGAUCCACUUUGUGGAGAAUUUGAUAAAAAGAAAUUUUCUGAAGACUACAAUUUUUUGUCUGACAUUCGUAUGAAAGAUAUUAAAGCAAUUCGGGCAGAACUCAAAGAAACUACUGACCCGGAAAGGGAAAAGAAGCUUCGAAGAUUAUUGCAGCGGUUGAAUGAUCAACAUAAAGUUAACAAGAAGAAAAUUUUGGAAACUCAAUCAAAUUUAAAGAAUAAAGAUCAAUCAAAUGAUGGAAAACAGCCCCAUUUCAAAAACAAGUCUGAAAUGAGAGUUGAAGCCCUAGUUAAGCAGUAUGAAGAAUUGAAGAAGGAAGGUUCUGGUCGCAUUCAAAGACAUCUCAAACGUAGACAGCAGAAAGUAAAAAAACGUUCUCAUAAAGUUCCUACUGGUGUUAGUUAAAAUAAGUAAAAUUUAUUUUAUGU